GAUCCUCGUUGACUUGUUGUGUGCUCGUUUCUUUUGAACUUCGAGCUUUGCGCACUGACCAGUGUUUCGGGUCGCACGUCUCGGACUGUAAGCACUCACUUAUUAGUUCUGCCGAAAUUUCCAGCACCGGGGAUGUGUAUAUAUUUAGAUCUGUGAAAUGAUAUUGGAAUCUACAUUUUCUGAUAUACGAUUAUAAUGAAUUCCAUGAAAUCUUGCGGCAUUGUGAGAUUUCCUGUGUGGAUUUGGAAGCCGGUUAGCAGGCAGAAGUUCGCUUGAGUUUAUGUUGCCGUUUUGAGACGGAAUGGAUGUGUUACUUUAGGGUGGUGAGUAGUUCUUGAAGUAUGCAACCGGGGUUUUGUAACAGAAUUAGGGUAUAGAUUGGAGUUGUGGAUAGCACGAUUUUGAAGAAGGAAUUUAGACAUGGAGAAUGGAAGGCUAGCACGGAGAGAGGGACAUGACUCUUCCUCUUCUCGUCCUCAAGGAAGCGCAUCGUCCAUUGGAGACGAUCCUCGUGGCUUUCGAGCUACUUGCAAAGACUUGCACCACACACUUCGAGAAUUUUACAAUAUCGAGGUGAUGCCCAAGACUUUUAUUAUCAAAUUCCGACAGCGGGUGCAAGGGGUCCAACUGGGGGCCAAUUUCGAGUUCGAUGGAAUGCAGGUCGAUAGGAUGAAGCUGAAUAAUUUUAGCCCUGAUGAUUGUCAUACUAAGCUCGUCCUGAAACCUUCCUCGGAGACUGCUUAUUGGAAAGUUAUAUGUGAACCGAAAGAAAAAGAUUUGCGGAUACUCACAAAGAAGAUCCCCCUUGGCUCGUUGUUUAAUUUCCAGUUUGGGAUUGGACAUGAUUUCUUUAGGAAUUCCACUGGCUGGAAGUGGAAGGUAACGUCGGCGUUUGGUCUACCUGGAGUACCUGAAGUUUGUCAGAAGACAAAGGUGCCAAUAUUUCCUGGUCUUGACGUUAACGUGGACUGGAAUACCCAGUAUGAAUUUCCCGAACUUCAGGGCUUCUGCAGGUCAAGUGGAACUGGGGAGCCAUCUGUAAAGGCGAACUUCGGUCGCCUUCACGUCGAUAUUGAGAGGCUGGCUGUUGUCUACACCCACAAUAGCUGAGUUUCAUAUAAGAAUUAUCGUUGAAGUCUCUAAAUUAUUCCAGUUACAAGGCUUCUAGGUGAAUUCUCACAGUUCUCUAAGUGUCUAAUUAGCAUCGACAUUUUUCGAGUAUAUUUGUCACUGGGAUUCGGCUGACACAGUUAUCCCUUCUUUCUUACUUAUUGUACAUUCAGGCACUCCCCAAGAAUUCUCUCUGAGGGCUAUUAUUCUAGUGCGGCAUGGAUUUUUUAUUUUGUAUUUUUACUUUUUUAUUAUUUUUGCAAAUAAUGAAUAACUCCAGCAGCCUUGGCUUUACGGCAGGGUGGCACCCAGUUUGCUUGUAAGCCA